AUGGGAUCAGACGUCAAAGAUCGCCAGAUCGGCCGAACCGUGCAACCGAAGAUCGGAGUCAAAGAGGAAUACGAUGAAACACCAGAUAAGAUCGCGAUGCCAAAGACGGAAUAUAACCCAACGAAGAUCGCGUCCAGGGAGAAGGAGACGACGGGUGAAGCGCGGGAGCGUGCAAAAUGGCAGUACUAUUAUGGCCAGUUGAAGACGCUGCUCAAGACGGACCCAGUGUUCAAGAUAUUAAGGCCCAAGUUGAUUGAUCCUCUGGAUAAGCCGAUAUCGGUCCCACUUCACGGGACCAACAAAGUCGACGAGAUCAAUGUGAUUUUGCAGAUGUUGGACGACAUGGGUGUCUGCCCUGACGCUUUUGAUGGAGAUGAACUGCUGAGUUGCAGCUUGGAACGGUUGAAGAACGCGGCGAAUGAGUUUGUGGAGAUCAUGAUAGUGCUGGUGAGCAAAGCGAAUACUCCUGAAGACAAGAUCGGGACACCCUCGGGCUCGCUCUGGAAACACCCCGCGGGAUCGCCCCGCUACGCCUCGGACGACUCCGAGAGCGAGUCAGAUGGAUCCAUCAGCAUUUGUCGGAUGUCUCUAGGACCAUCGGGUGGAACGUUUUUAAAGGACAAGAUCGGACAAGCCAAUACCGACGCCUUUAAAGGACAAGCCAGGAGCGACAUGCCACGGAGAUCGGCCGGUACCCGUACUGGGCUGGAUGAUCAGGAAGAGGGCGAUCUAAGUCGGUACUUCAAUUUAGCCAUGAAGGAGUACGAGGCGGAUCAACGUACAGCUCAGCGAAUGAAUCGACAGCCAAACCGCUACCCAGAUCGACGUGCUUUGCUCCAACCCUCACACGAAAGCCAUGACAUGCCGGAUGUGGAGAUGGAAUCGGUGGAGUCGGACACUUACCAACAGAUCCAUCAUGGGGCGGAAUACGACCCGGAUGAUUUAUGA